UACAGCACCGGCGGAGGUCGCGCUCGCCAGUCCGGCUGCGCACGGGAGUCAGCGCGCAUGCCCGCCCCGCGCCGCCACGCCUGCGCGCCCCGCACACCUAUCAACCUUAUCAAUGUUCGCUCACUCCGCGCAGUACCCACGGCCGCCUCGCACAGGACUCUCUAAACAUCGUCAAUGUCGUAAUUAGAUUAAGUAGACACCUAACAUGCUCAAUUAUAAUUCUAGUCAGUGAACUAAAUAUUCCAGUGGUUCUGAUGUGCAAGUGUGUCGGUGGUUUCGUGUUUAUUCUGCUGGUUUUGUUCCUGGACUCCAGGGACUGCUCCGCUAGUGCACAAUAUGAUGCCUCUGGCAAAAUAUCGCUCAACUCGGUGCAAGCAUGGGCGGUUAAACUCGGCACUGAGUUGUAUCAUUUUGGCGAGUUUAUCACCAGGAAGAAAGAAGUUCAAGACAGUUUUAAAUCGGCUCAAGUGGAGUCAAGGGAUGGAGAAAAACUAGUUCAAAGUAUGUCAGAUGACAUUCGCGCCAUGAUGGAGCUAAAGAUUAGUGCUGUCAAGAGGAUAGUGGAGGCAGCAGAGAACAUGGCGUUUGACAAACAGAAUGAACCAGUGCCUGAGGACUUCCAGUACUAUAACAGCAAAGAAAUGGAGGAACCGUGGGACGAGGUGUCCCUCACUACCACUCCUGAGACAGACUUCAGCCAGGACAGUUGGAUACAGAGGCCACCGACAAAGAGCGCGCACAUGCAACAAAAUCCACACUUUUCAAACAUUCCUGUUAACACUAAUUUUAGCAGUGUGCAUGUACCGACAAAUGUUUAUGCCUGGGCACCUGAAGUCAUCAAAGGCAUUCAUUGGUCGGAGGGAUUGGACACGCAUUUCAUAAAUAACUAUCAGAGUGAUCCAACGCUGUCCUGGCAAUACUUUGGCAGUUCUACAGGAUUCAUGAGGCAUUAUCCUGCAUUAAAAUGGAGAGCAGACCCAGUUGAUAUUUAUGAUUGCCGCACACGAGCGUGGUACAUGGAAGCAGCAGCGAGUCCAAAGGAUGUAAUCAUUUUAGUUGAUCGCAGCGGGUCGAUGACUGGGCAGAGACGAGACAUCGCCAAACAUGUCGUCACGAACAUACUUGAUACGCUCGGUAACAAUGAUUUUGUCAACGUAAUGACAUUUGCCGACACUGUGGAAGAAAUCGUUCCUUGUUUUGAAGAUUCACUUGUGCAGGCCACAUUGGGAAAUAUAAGGGAGCUAAAAUUGGCAAUGGAUAAUUUCGAGACCAUGGAAAUAGCAAACUUUUCUGCAGCUUUAACCCGCGCGUUUGAACUUUUGGAAAUAUACAGAAAUAACAGCGGCGGAGCCAAUUGUAACCAGGCCAUAAUGCUGGUUACAGACGGCGUCCCAUACAAUUACAAAGAAAUAUUCGAGAAGUACAAUUGGAAGUACGAAACCCCAGUCAGAGUGUUUACGUACCUGAUAGGGCGAGAGGUAAAGGUGGCCGACGUAAGGGAGGUGAAGUGGAUGGCGUGCGCCAACCGCGGGUUCUACGUGCACCUGAGUACUCUGGCGGAGGUGCGCGAGCGGGUGCUGGAGCAUGUCAACGUGCUCGCGCGCCCGCUCGUGCUGCAACGAGAGAAACACCCCGUCGUAUGGACACCUGUUUACGCUAACGUCACUGAUCCUAAAGUAGCAGACUAUUUAUGGGAACAACGCGAGAGAGCUGAACAAAAGGAGCGCUUCAUGAGUCAACGUCGCGACAAGAACCUCUUCAACUCGGAGAAGGAACAGGACAGGCGAUGGAGGAUAACACAGAUGAAACAGGGCCAGUACAGUGAGCUUGGAAAUUCCCAGUAUCAGUUAAUGACGUCAGUGUCAAUGCCUGUCUAUGACCUGCGUCACAACGAGUCCGUAGAGGAGAACGGCCAGAAAGAGAUGCGUAUAGCUAGACUAUUGGGAGUCGCAGGCACGGACGUACCUCUGUCCGAAAUUCAGGCGCUUAUGACACCGUAUAAGAUCGGUGUAAAUGGCUACGCAUUCAUAGUAACCAACAACGGAUACAUUCUGAUACACCCUGACUUGAGGCCCGUGUUUCAACAAAUAUUAAAACCAAGUUACAACAGUGUCGACAUGAUAGAGGUGGAACUAUUCGAUGACGACAGAGGGCCCAGAAACUUCAGUAAAGAAUUAACUGCGCUCCGAAAACAAAUAAUUGACCAAAAAACAGGGAAUAAAGAAAUGAAUGUCAAAUAUCACCUAGACGACAUGAAAAGGGUAUCCCGAGCCAAAAGGCAUUACUACUGGACGGGUAUCAGCGACUCUCCUUUCACGUUAGUAGUGGCCAUCCCUGACAAUUAUGGCCGACAUCGCAUCACUCCACCUCCCACAGACGAUAUACACCGCCUUUCCCUCACCUCUAAGAACAUAUCAGCAAGACAGUACCUGUCUGACAAAUGGAGCGUUCACCCUGAUUGGUUAUAUUGUCGUCACUAUGAGCGAACAUUCGCAACUGCUGAGGAGGAGCUACUUUAUUUCCUGGAACGAGUCGCCAAACCUGGCUGGCGCUGGCCAGCGAAGCCUCGUCCACCAGAACACCACAAGAAUAAGCUGGGACACGACCGUCACAACAAUGGAACACCAGAAGCAAGAGAAAGGAACAAGGUAUCUAACAGCACGCCCAGGAAUGAAUAUUAUUGCGAUCACGGAUUAAUGCAAGCGUUAGUUUAUGACGCCCGGAACACGGCCUGGUUCAACAAGAGUAUUUCAGACUCGGCGUCAGAUGAGAAGGCGCUGGAGUUUAUCCAACGUUUUGGAUACAUCGUCGCGUUCCUGUCUACACAUAGCGGGCUGACUCGAUGGCAGACACAUCCACCGAAAGAUCACGAUAAUGACAAACCAGAAUUCGGCAAGCAAUGGCCGCGCUCCAUAGAGGAGGUCUGGUACAGACGUGCUGUGGAACAGCAUUACGUGGAUCCCCUAAGCUACGUCUACAGCGUCGACCUGAGCACCGACAAAUUCCCUCUCAACGUCAGUCGGGCCAUGGUGACGGCGUCUCAUGCUGUGUUCCACGGAGACGGCCACAGGAAGGCCCCGGCAGCUGUCGUCGGCUUUCAAUUCAAACACGAGAGGCUAAGCGAAUGGUUUGAAAAUAUUACGUCAUCGUGCGAACACAACAAAGAGUGCACGACAUGUCAGUCUGACAAUUGGGACUGUUACCUGGUGGACAACAACGGGUGGAUCAUCGUUAGUAAUGACUCGCAGACUGGACAAUUCUUCGGAAGGGUACGACCGGAUAUCAUGGCGAGGUUAAUCGAAGACGAGGUUUUUAAACCAGUUCACAUAGUAGACUACCAAGCGGUCUGCUUUCGAGAGAAGAAAACUACGAACCCAGCGACAAUGCUGCUAACACCUCUAGAAAAUCUGCGUCUGGUAAUGGCCUGGUUCCUGACGACAACUAUCUGGUUCUACAACUCCAUAACCACAGGUUUGGCACAGGCGUCCAGCUACACCUUCGACGAAGUGUCAUACCAGAGCUACGAGAACGAUGAAGAAACUGACGACCCAUACAAUCCGAAACCUCCGAAUAUGAGGGUAGUGGAACGAGAUUUUGAGAAGCUGGUACUUAUCAAUAGAACACGGCCAACACCGUGUGACAGGGAGAUGUUCUUGUACCAAUUGGAUUACAACAAUUUGGACGUGAAACUGAACAAGCCCCUGACAGAAUGUGCCAGACCUUUCUAUGCACAGCAUGUAAACUACACGAAUAUGCUGAUGAUCGUGGUGGAUGCUAACUGCCCACGUGACGAGGUCGCCGCCAUGUCCAUAGAUGCUACAGAGGUCAAUUACAACGAGUCAUUGCCCUGUCUAAAGCAUAUGCAUCCACUGUAUAGAAAGCAACCCACAUCGUGUAUUAGGAAUCACACUGAAGAGAGCAAUAUUGACAUGUGCGGACGUGGCAGCUUACCAGGCAAUAGCAAAACUUGGGUGUCAUUAAGUAUAUUGCUAAUAGUCAAAUAUUAUCUAGUUUAAACUUUACAAAGAUGAAAAUGAGGCAAUAAUUGGUUUUAGAAGAAAUUCGAGGCAGCUGCUAUAUCAUUUAAACUCAGAUACUGAGAGAAAUAUUUACAGGUCAGCUUGCUGGUACACAACAAAUAGUAGGAAGAGAUAAAUUUAUUAUCAAGUAUAGAAAAUUCAAAUACUAUAGCAAAUACCUAUAUGUUUUGUUGAAUCUGUCAUAGUUUAUCCAGAGAAUUAGUUAGUAGCCAACACAAAGAAAUGUAGUUUAAAAUACCUGAUGAAUAGUAUAUAUUUUAUGUUAAUGUUAUAUAUUACCAUUCUAUGAUCUCCGCUUAUAGAGUAAGUAGGUAAAUAAAUAAUUACAUGUCAUUACCACAUAUCAAAUUUUAAAUAAUAAAGUGUGCUCCCAUUGUGCCACAAUAGGAAGCAAUUGAAAUCAUAUCAGAGAAAUUAUCAUCAUGUUGCAUUGUGGGAAUCUAUAAAUUGUGAAGUUUAAGAUGAAUAAAUGAAUAAAUCUUAUUUAAGAUAAUAGAUAAAAUAUAUAAUUAAAUUAUAGCUUUUGUAACGAAUUGGCUUUUUGCAUUAUUUAAUAAUUCCAGUUCAUAUUUUGUCAUUUUUUCUCUGUUAUAUAGUUAAAUGUAUGUUACCUUUGCUCCGUCCUCAAUAAAAUAAAUGGGAUGAAAACUUUACAAGAACCUUAAGAACAAACAAUUAAGAUAAUGUUUUCAAUAAAAUUUUAUUCUUUUUUUAUCAUAUUGAUACAGUAUUACUAUUAUUAGAAUUUAGUCUUUUGAAUCUCUGUCAUUUAUGUAAAACUUCUUAGAUGUGAACUGUUUAUCUCAUUACUGAAAUGUGAUUGUUUGUUUGGUACAAAAUAAAUGACUAUAGUAAUAAUUAAA